UCAGAUAAACGGUUCCUACUGGAUUUAAAGGCGGCGAUGUCCGAGAUGGAUGUUACCAUUUCGUUUUUGUGAGGAGCGAUAAUAACGACUGCAUUGUUUAAAAUAUAUUGAAAUAUUCUACAAUAAUUUAAUUAAAUAAAUUAGAAACAAGAGUGAGAUAGUUCCGGUUGUUUGUUAUAUACAUUUAGAAGGAAACAUGGCGGCGUCCUUGAGCUGCUCGGUGAGCGCGAGGUUGCUGAGCGCCUUGGCCCGGUCCAGCUCACUGACCUGCUCCUCUGGAGCCAGAAGCCUCCACGUCACCUCCGCAUGCUGCAAGAAUCGAGCAGCUCGUAUCCGGGUGGGAAAAGGCGACCGGCCGCUGACCUAUGAGCAAGCGCACCAUCCCCACCACAUCGCCCACCGCAAAGGAUGGCUGUCCCAGCACACCAGUAACCUGAAGGGCGAGGGGGGGGCGGCCGAGCGCACCAUGGAGGACGUCUUCAUCCGGAGGUUCAUGUUCGGGACCUUCCACGGUUGCCUGGCCAACGAGGUGGUCAUCAAACGGCGAGGCAACGCGCUGACCGUCUGCGCCCUCAUGCUGCAGAAGAUGCCCCCCCAGAAGUUCUACUUCCUGAUCGGGUACUCCGAGUCCCUGCUGUCCCACUUCUACAAAUGCCCCGUCAAGCUGGAGGUGCAAACCCUGCAGGACAAAGCCGUCUACAAGUACCUCUGAGACCAGGACAUGAACCCGAGGCCAAAAGCCCUCAUUUACAUCUAAAAAUGCUGUUUGGACUCAUUUAAUUACGCAUAGUUUUCAGGCCAAACCAGAGUUUCUCAGAGGAAGAUACCCCCAAAAAAGAGAGAGAUACAGAGAUUACUUUUAUGUCAUUGCAUCCAGUGUCAGAAAAGCCUUGUUUUAGAUUGUUUGGUGGGAUUUGUAGUUUCAAAUGGGAAACUGAAAAUGGUCACAAAUAUGAUUUAUGUACCUCAUGUAUGAGCGGAUCGUUGAAAAUAUAAAAAUAAUUGUUUUUUUUCCCCUUUAAAAAUGCUGUGUAAGAACCACUUUCAGCUCUUUAUGCAGCAGCCUCAUUCAUUUGUCAAUGUACAAGAUUAUAUAACUGAAAAAUAAAUAAGUUUGGAUUCAAUCUCAACUCAAAUUGUUUCUGCAUUAGCUUGAAUUUAACUACGUUAAAAGCAUCUUGAGAAUAAUUUGUUGUGAUUUCUAAAUAAAGC